AUGAGGUUGGACACAUCUGUAAUUAUAUAAUAUUAUUUACUUUAGUAUUUAGCUUAUUUGACCAAAGAUGAGUUAAGAGUACUUGUGGCUGUAGAAAUGGGCAUGAAGAAUCAUGAAUUUGUACCUGUUUCAUUAAUUGAAAAAAUCUCAAAAGUGAAAAGAGCCAAUGCUUAUUAAAUUUUGCAAUAGUUAUUAAAACAUAAACUUGUUCAACAUGUGGCUAAAAAAUGUAUGCUUUUCAAAUUAAUAAAUUCUAGAUGAUGGUUAUAGACUCACAUAUUUGGGAUAUGAUUUCCUUGCAUUAAGUGUCUUUUACAAAAGAGGAACAAUUGUCUAAGUCCUUUCUAAACUAGGAGUUGGAAAAGAAUCUGAUAUUUAUAAAUGUCUUAAUGCAGAUGGCAAUUUUGUCAUUCUUAAAUUAUCUAGAUUAGGUCGAACAUCUUUUAGAACUAUUAAAAAUAAGCGAGAUUACAUUAAAAAUAGAACACAAUAUAAUUUGCUAUAUCUUAGUAGAUUAGCUAGUAUUAAAGAAUUUGCAUAUAUGGAAACCUGCUAUAAGAAUGGAUUUCCAACACCAAAACCAUAUGAUUGGAAUAGACAUGCUAUUGUAAUGUCUUUUAUUGAUAGAUAUACUUUAUGUAGUAUCUAAGAACUGGUGAUGUAGAUGGAGUAUUUAUUUAAUGCAUUAAUUUAAUUGAAAAGUUUGCAAGUCAUGGGCUUAUACAUUCAGACUUUAAUGAAUUCAAUCUUAUGAUAACAGAAUAAAAAAAAAUUAUUAUUAUUGACUUUCCUUAAAUGGUAUCAACUUAGCAUUUAAAUGCAGACUUCUAUUUCUAAAGAGAUUUAGAUUGUUUUAAAAUAUUUUUUUAAAGGAGAUAUAAAGCAAAUUUGCAUUCAGAUUUGAAAUUAUAAGAUAUUAAAGUUAUCAAACAUCUUGAUAAUGAAGUUAAAGCAUCAGGAUUUAUUAAAUCAGAACUUAAUGAUAAUAAGGAAUUUGAAAUUUUAGAAGCAGCUCAAUAAGAAUAAUAAUAAUAAUUUUAAUAAGAAAAUGAAGAAUUUGAAUAAGAUAACAAUGAUGAAGAUAAUACAGAUAAGGAUGAUGAUGAAGAUAAUAAUGAAAAAGAUGAUGAUGAUUAAGAUGAUGAUUAAGAUAAUUAAGAUGAUUUUGAAGUAGAAAAUGAUUAAGAUUCAGAAAAAAAGAAUGAUUAAGAAUAUUAAAAAGAAUAAAAUAAUUAACAAUAAUAAUUAUAAGAUAAUUAAAUUCCUAAAGAUCUAACUAAAAUCACAGAAUUAGAUUAAAAGAAUAUUAAAAAAUUUGUUUAAAAGAAAUUUCGUUAAAAAGAUUGUAAUUAAAAAGAAUAUCAAUAAAACUAAAGGAAUUGA